GAAAAAUCGUUAAAAUUACCUUAACGAUUCAAUCUCAACGAUCUUUAAUGUCUCCUUAACGAUUCAAUCUUAACGAUUUUUAAGGUAAUCUUAACGAUUCAAUCUUACCGAUCUUUAAGGUAACCUUAACGAUUCAAUCUUAACAAUUUUUAAUGUCUCCUUAACAAUUUUUAAGAUAAUCUUACCUUUUUUCUUUUCAACCUUAACGAUUUUUCUUUUCAACCCUCCCGUUUUUUAAACAUCAAUCUCAAAUCUUACUUGUUAUAUCUUAUAUUGCUGCUGAGACUAUGAUCUUUUAAGUGUUACAAUACCAUCAGAACAUAAGCCGGGAACAGAUCUCAUGUCAAAAGCAAUACUUCAAGACAAGCGUGUAAUAAACCUCAUUGUUUCAAGAGUUAUUGGUGACCACGCUAAAGACCAAUAUGCAUCGCAUAGCGGUGAGUGGGUAGACGGUUGUCGCUUAGAUGUUCUCUAUGUACCAAUCAUGACCGCUGUCCAAAUUAUCUUCCACCCAUAAUCGUGGAGAUUCAAAAUGUUGUUGACAAGCCUUUCAUCCAUCGCUUACAAAAGUAUUGUAACCACAUUUAUGAAAACUACAACACAACAACAUUGAACCAAUUGUAUUGACUUUCUGCAUAAAAAUGGCAAGGACAGAGAUGGCUAAGGAUUUUCAAAACACUGACAAGGGCCCAUUUAUGAAGAAGUUACCAA